UCAGGUGAAAACCAUAUAAGGUAGAACCCGGAAGUCGGCACUUGCAGAAAGUUUUUUCCACAGUUAGUGAGUUACUCUUGGUCUCCUCUGUUGAUUCAAAAUACAGUAAAAAUAAAAAAUGACAGGAUUAAUUAAAGCUAAGAAGUAUGAUUGGAAGGACUCCAAUAUGGCUCUGUUUGGUACUGAUGUCGAAAGACAAGUUAAAAAGGAAUCAGCCAUGGGAGAACCUGCUUGGGAGGGAGCAGGACAAUCUGUUGGUCUAAAAAUCUGGAGAAUUGUGAAAUUCCAAAUCACAGACUGGGCAGAAGAAGACUAUGGAAAAUUCUUUGAUGGUGACUCUUACAUCAUUCUAAAUACAUACAAGAAGAAUGAAGAUUCUGAGGAACUGUGUUAUGAUCUCCACUUCUGGAUAGGCAAACAUAGUACACAGGAUGAAUAUGGAACAGCAGCCUACAAAACGGUUGAGUUGGACACUUUCUUAGAUGAUGCAGCUGUUCAACAUAGAGAAGUUAUGGGACAUGAAUCUACUCUGUUUAAAUCAUACUUUAAAUCAAUCACAACUAUGCAAGGAGGAGCUGAAACUGGCUUUAAACAUGUUUUACCAGAGGAAUAUAGACCCAGGCUUUUACACUUCAGUGGAAAGAGAAGAAUUGAAGUUAAAGAGGUUCCAUAUGUACAGUCAAGUCUUAACCCUGGUGAUGUGUAUAUAUUAGAUUUGGGUAUUCAGAUCUACCAGUGGAAUGGUUCAGAAUCCAGUGGUAUGGAGCGACACAAGGCAGCUGAAUACUUGCAACAGAUGGAAUCAGAAAGACCAAAAGCUAGCACAACAGUUCUUGAUGAGAGUGGAAUAAGCAAAGCUCAUCGUUUCUAUGAAGCCAUUCCAGAAGGGGAUGCUGAUGAAGUGGACUCAGAUGAUGAAGAGGAGGGUGAUGAUGAGAAGAAACUUUUGAGAUUAUCAGAUGCUGGAGGAUCCUUCACUUUCUCAGAAGUAAAGACUGGAGAUGUAGCCAUGGAUGAUCUUGGAGAAGAUGAUGUAUUUGUUCUUGACACCAAGAGUGAACUAUUUGUAUGGGUUGGAGGUAAAGCUUCUGUGGAUGAAAGGAGAAAUGGAAUGGGAUAUGCUCAUAAAUACUUGAUGGACAAAGCUCGUCAUUAUAAACCAGUCUCUGUUGUCAGUGAAAAAGUAGGAAAAGACAGAAUUGAAGUAGCAUUAUCAGCAUAAACUCUUGCCACUGUAUAAACAAUAUACCAUGAUAUAGAAGCUUUUGCAGUAGUUAGCCCAUAAAUUAUUGUUUGUUGUUAACCACCCUUUUCUUCUAAAAUAUUGCCAUGACAUAUUUUGUCUCUAAAAGUAACAUAAAGUUAUUGUUAAGACUUUGUAUUUAGAAAUUUUAUUGUUCAAUUUUGAACAUUCAAUAUUUAUUUCAAUAUUACAUGAGCUGGACUAUUUAAUUUGUAAAAUUUAUAUUUAUUUGAUGUUUAAAGUGUUAUGCAAAAAGACCUGGUAUAUUUUCUGUACAUUUUUUUUUUUGUACUUGCAAUAAUUGGUAAGACAUGCUCCAUCCUGGUUACGAGUAGAUUGUCACAAAAGUUUGAUAAAUGUAUCUGCAGGCAUCCAUUUACAAAUUUUAUAGAAAGGGCCCCCCAUCAAGUAACUUGGGAAUUUUGUCUAACAAGAACUUUAUUUGGAUUUGAAUCUUAAUUUUGUCGUCAAUCAAUUACACAUUUCUAAAAUUUCUAAAAUUGAUUUUCUGUACUAUAUGGGAUAUACUCAGAAUAAGUCAAUGAACAUGUAAGUGAUGUACAUAUAAUAAAAGAUAUAAGAUAAAAAUUUGAUGAGUGGGUUUGGGAAAAUUACAGAUUUUUUGGGACUGCAUAUACCUCUGUCAGAAGGGGUAUUUUUAAGGGGCCCCAGCUAUUCUAAUGUAAAACAUUUGAGCUCAUCCCAUCAGUUGUUUUCGAUCUUUUAUAAUUGAUGUGACAUGUUUGGCCUUUAGAAAUAUCACUAUAAAUGUUUGUUAUUAUUAUUAUUUACAUUUAAAAGAAAAUACAUUUGCCUACCCUAUUUUGUUGUUGUAACAUUGUUUCAGUUAACUCUAUGCAUAUAAAUGGCAUUAAGGCUUAUGCUGCUAAAAUUAUACAUACAAUACACAAUUAUUGUGCUAUUUCUAUGAUUUACUGAUUUAGACUUGAAUCUUAAUACAGCAUUUUUUAUUAGGUUUUGUCUUUGGAGAACAGCUGCUCUCACAUUGACUUAAUUAUUGUUUUGUUUUCUAGUAUUUUUUUUUAUUAUUAUUUACUACUGGACCAAAUUUGUGCACAGAACUACGCGUUCUACCUGUGUAUAUAUAUUGUGAUAUGUAUCUGACUGAUUAGAAGAAUCUAAAUUUAGGUAAAAAAUAUAUUGUAAAAUCUACAUUCUCUUUGAUUUUUAAAUACCUGCCAUUAUUUUGACUUUAGAAGUAAAGUUAAUUGAAUUUCAAUGUUUUAUCUGUAUUAACCAAUCAUCAGCUGACAAUUAUUUUCCAUGAUUUACAUUAAGGUAAACAACAGUAAAAGAAUAUUAGUAAUGCAUCAGAGAUUUGAAUAUCAGUUAUUUGUAAGAGACUUUUUUAUGAUUAUUUAUUUCUACUUUUGUAUUAAUUUUAUAGUGCAAUAUGAUUUAAUAGUAGUAAUUAGUAGUGGGAAGUUCAUUUCUGUACCUUUUAAAAAAAAAGAUCUUUUGUCAGUCAAAAUUGUGUGAAAUAAGAUUUAUGUGUAAUAUUGUUUUUCAGAUUGUUAUUCAGAAUUAUUUAUAGAUGAUGUUUUUCUUUUGAUAACAAUGCACUACAAAUAGAUUUUUAUGGUAUACCGAAAAACUUUAAUUUAACAAUGUCUUGUCAUCUAUUGUUAAAUGGAAUUUUUAUUUUUUAUUUAUCCUAAACCUUAACAUCACAUUUAAACAUAGACCUUCACAUUACAUUUAAACAUACAAGUGUCGUGAAAUAGGCCAGUUUCUAUUUUCAAAGUUGACAGUAAUGAUAUAAAGUUAGUCUAUCUUAAAAAUAAUAUUGCUAUGCAAAAUAAGUUGGUAAUCUGUUGUUUCAUUGCAAUUUUGUGCUGUAUUUUUGGAACAAAAAAUUUACAGAAAUAAACUAGUUAAGUUAACAAUU